AUGGCUUCGCAACAGACGGUGUUUAUGAAUCAUGGACAAGGAGAAACAAGUUAUGCUCGCAACUCCAGUAUUCAGAACGCUGACCAGGAAAGGAUGAAGCCCAUGAUAGAAGCGGCCAUCGCUGAGCUAUGCACCGCCAACAACGGCUUGUCGCGCGGAAACAUUGUGAUCGCGGACUUGGGCUGCUCCUCCGGCCCAAACGCGCUGACGCUGGUCUCCUUUGCCGUGGAGGCCAUCCACAAGCACUACCUUGAGCUCCAGCAGCCACCGCCGGAGCUGUGUGUCCUCCUCAACGACCUGCCUGACAACGACUUCAACACGGUGGUGAAGAACCUGACUACGCUCCGCCGAAGCGACGAGCCCGUUGUCGUGACCGGCGUCACGCCGGGGUCAUUUUACGAGAGGCUCUUCACUGCUGAAUCCUUGCAUCUCGCCUGCUCGUCCAACAGCCUGCAUUGGCUCUCAAAGGCUCCUGAAGAUCUGACGCGGAACCAAAUCCCGGCUUACGACAUUGAUGAGCACGCUAGGCGUGAAAGACUCCCUCUGGUCGUUGAGGCUUACGCAAACCAGUUCAAGAAAGAUUUCACACUUUUCCUGAAGCUGAGAGCCAAAGAAUCAGUCCCAGGGGGCAAGAUAGUCGUUUCCCUUUUAGGCAGGCGUUCUGAAGGAAUCUCCUCCAAGUUCCCCCGCCUCGUGGAAAUCUUACUUCAGAUUCUAAGUGUUACUGCCUCGGAGGGCGUGUUCGAGAAAAAGAAGCUGAAUUCUUUCUACGUGCCAGUGUAUGAACCUUCUGACGAAGAGCUGAGGGAGAUCAUCCAAGAAGAGGGCUCCUUUUGGAUCAACGAGAUGUGCGUGCAUGGCUUGACGAGCGGCAUGGACAGUGCGCUGAUCACCCCGAACAGGUUAGCGAACCAGAUGAGAGCCGUUUUCGAGCCCCUGGUUGCGCAGCAUUUGGGUGAUGUGAUGGAUGAGUUUGUCAGGACCGCGGAGCAGCGGUGGAGCCUGGAGGGAAGCUUGCAGGACGAGGUGGCCAGACUAGCAACGGUGGCCGUGUCGCUCACCAAGGCAUGAUCGGUGAUUUUAAUUGCUGCUGCCGUGUCAGUGUUAAUUAGCUUUCCUGGACGGCACACAAGAUGACAAGAGUUGAUGAGAUUGAACUAUACUCCGUACUGUAU